AUUAAACACCAGGGCUUUUAAAUCUGUAUCAUCAGGCUUGACAGUACAGAGGAGUAGAAUUAUCCCUAUGAUUAAUUAUUUGUAUUUAACAACUUGGGGAGUCCCCACCAAGAGCAGACUGGUGGCAAACGUAACUUGGGGCAGUCCCCAGUGACUGUGAAGUCAAAACAGCAGGACGGCCAGACAGAGAAAAAAUCAAUUUUGGAUUUAUUGGUGGGGUUCUCAGAGUGCAGACUCAAAGCUGCAGACAAAGGGUGUAGGGAUGCACAGUUUAUCCCAUAUGGAAAUGGGAUCCUAUGGGUCUAGAGCUCAAGGAGUGAGGCAGUUUUGAGGGCCAGGUAGUGGGACCCAGAGACACAAAUCCACAGCACCUCCUUCUCCAUGGCUUGGUUUGAUGUUUCCUGCUCACCAGCUCAGAUUUAAAGCUCAGAAAGGCCCAAACCAGCUCCCUGAAUAUCCCCAUCCCUGUCCCUACCCAGCAGAUCAGAUCGUGCUCCAAGCCUGGAGAGACCAAAAAUGUGCCCCACAAAGUCAGUGUUUGCGAUUGUAAAUCCAAUGCUGCAGCCCUGCCCGCUGUUUCCAAAGAUGGGCUGUAAGUCUGUGCCAGAAAAAUCAGCUCCCCAUCUUCCCUUGCUCCUCAGCUGAUGCUGAGUUCAUCCCAGUCUCAAAAUCCAGUGGAAACUUGUCCUUUUGGCAGAUUUACACCUGGGCCAGGCUUACAGGAGCUGCCUCAGGCAGGAUUGCCCCAUUAGGCUCUUUCUGGAGAUGCCCCAAAGCGUGCCUACACCACACUCCAGAUUUUUGUUGCUGUGGUAACUGAUCCUGUCCUUAACCUGUCCAGCCAUGGAGCUGUUCCAGUGCUCACUGCCAAGGAAACCAGCGCUCGUGUCUCAUUUCUUUGGCAUGAGGUGACAGAGAAGCAAAGAAGAGAAGGAAAUAAAGUUUUACCCUCAUCCUAUGCACUGUGAACCUCCACGAAAUCCAGGCUCUGGUGGGAUAACUCCUGAUGUGCUCCAAGGCAAAGCAUUUCAGAUGCUGAAUCAUCUGGGGGCUCAUAAAAUGUGUCUUGGUUCCCUUCCUUUCCUCUCCCUCCCCUCCUACUCUGUGCUGUAGUUGUUUGAAACAAGCUGGAAAGUCUUUGGGAAAAGCUCUUAUUGCAGAUAUGCCCAAGUCUGAGCCUGGCUGAGUUUUUAUUAAGUCCUGUCCUGAUGGAAAUGAUGUGUUCGUCUAAAAAUCAGCAUAACGGGUCCAUUGAUGCUGCAAUUGGCCCACACCAAAAUAUUUUGCCACCACUGAAUUAUUUACUGACACCUUUGGUUUGGUUUUGAUUUUGAUUUGAUAGUUUUGAUUUGGCAUUUUUUGAAAAUUUUCCUUUGACAGAGCUGCUGCUUUCUCCUACAAACACAGAAUGCCAGGAUGGUUUGGGCGGGAAGGGACCUUGAAUAUCAUCUUAUCCCACCCCCUGCCACAGGCAGGGACACCUUCCACCACCCCAGGUUGCUCCAAGCCCCAUCCAGCCUGGCCUUGGACACUUCCAGGGAUGGGGCAACUCUCCUGGUCCUGUUUAAGUGCACACAAGUCAAUACCCCAGGCAUGGUGUAACUAGAGAGAAAAGUAACAGGAAAUGAGAAAAUUAACAGGAAAUGCUGAUAGGCUUCAGAACUGAAGUUGAAAGCUGAUGCAGGACCAGCUCCUGAGGUCCUCAAAGGUGGUUCAAGAUCCAGCAAGGGCUACAGCACCCAUCUCAUGAAAUCCACCCUUGCCAUAUCGUGUGAGGUUAGCCCAGGAUGCAGACAGGAAUUUCACUUCUGCCCCACCCCAACAGAGCUAAAGGAAAUCACAAACCUUUUGGAGAUCCCUGAGCUUUCCCUCAGUGAACCUUUUGCCUUAGGAAGGAGCAUCCAACUGCUGCACCAACAGGAAUGAGCAGGUGCUGUGAUGUCACCCUGGGUUGUGUUGACAUGGAAUGCAGGCGAUGUCCUGAGGUGUCUGCAGAGGCAUCGCUGCUCCGAGAGUUGUGGAAUAGUGUCGGCCCAGGAUGGAUUGAGAUGCUGCUCCUUACCCUCUCCUGUUUAGCUUGCCUGACCAGCAGUGUCCAGGCAGGUUUUGUUUCUCAGCAUUCUCAGCUCAGAGGAGAUGCAGGAUAUUCACACGUGGGGUGUGGCCUCCGACCAUCCUACGAGUCCUUCCAGAAGACUGGCAAGAGGAUUGGCACAGGGACACACGUCAAGCCUGGGGAAUUUCCAUGGCACGUGAGCAUCCAGAGCCACGGGAAGCACAUCUGUGGAGGCACCAUCAUCAGUGCACUGUGGAUUUUAACAGCGGCCCACUGCUUUGCAGAAGAGCUGCCAGCAGAUCUGACGGUGGCAGUGGGGGGAGUUGACCUGAGCCGCCCACUGGAAGAGCACAACCCAGACAGCCUGAUCCUGCACGAGGAAUUCAACAGAACCAGCUUGCAAAAUGACAUUGCCCUCAUCCUGCUCAGCAAUCCCAUCGAGUUCAGCAAGGAGAAAAUUCCCAUCUGCCUGCCCUUCAUGUGUGACAUGGACACGUGGCAGCACUGCUGGGCUGCUGGCUGGGAGAACACAAGUGCAGCAUCCCAUGUGCUGCAGAAAACACAGAUGAAGCUCAUCAGCAGGGAGAAAUGCCUGGAGCAGAUCCCACACCUUGUGGGGAGCGUGAUGUGUGCUGAGACGGAGCAAGGAGGAGGAGGAGGCUGCCAGGUGGACGGCGGGGGACCUCUGGUCUGCAGCUACUGGGACACCAUGAAGUGGUUCCAGGUCGGCAUCGUCAGUGGAGGAAAUCCAAACCACAGGAUUUUAACAUCUGUUUACAGCUACCAGGGCUGGAUCGAGAAGGAAACAGCCAUAAGAGGAAAACCUUUCUUCACCGAGGGUGUGGACAGUGGAUCACAUCUCAGGGUUGCUCGUUCCAGGGCUGGGACACGGAUGGUGUUUCUGGAGUAUUGUCUCAUUUUAUUCAUCUCUUUAAUAGCAAUUAAAUUACCCUGAGAGAAGAUUUUUGAAAAUAAAAGUCAGAACUUCCACGUUAUGCUUCCUUCUGAGGCCAACCUGCUCCAUGUCACUGAUGUGGACACAGGCACCAACAGGAGAUGUCACCAUGAGACAGGGAGUGAGGCAGAGGCCGGAGAAAUGAAAUGAAGGAGGCAGGACUUGGGCAAGAGGGGCCAUAAUCCUCUGGAGAACACGGAUUUUCCACACUGCUGGGUCACACAGGACUCGGUUGUUUGCUAAGCUCAGAUGCAAAGCAGAGAUGUGGCAUUGGAAGGUGCUGAUCCCCUUGGAAAGCUGAAACCCAGGGGGAGAUGUUAAUUUGCUCAUUAUCAUUAAUUGUUGUAGGAUAACUCUGGGUUAGUGCAUCUUACAGCUAAUUAUUAGCUGGACUAAUUUAUUUUAGGCUAAUAUUAACUAAUUUUAUUUUUACUAAGAGCACCUUCAGAGAGCUCAGCCCCUGCUCAGGUGCUGUCAAACCUCUGGGACAGAACCACUGAGGCCCUGGAAGAGGUUUCCCAGAGAAUCUGUGGCUGCCCCUGGAUCCCUGGAAGUGUCCAAGGCCAGGCUGGACGGG